AUGGUGUUCUUCAUGAGUUUCAAUCAAAAACUUGAUAACACAUACAACCCCAUAUAUCUAUCUCUCUCUCUCUCUCUCUCUCUCUCUCUCUCUAUAUAUAUAUAUAUAUAGAUUUGUACUACCCAAGUCUUACCAUAAAAAGACCUUGUAACUGUAAAUUCAAAUUCCAUACUUAGCACAUACCAUUUAUUACUAAUCAACAAAACAGUUUACAACUUGUUUGUUGUAUUAAGCAGCCCAAUAUCUCCAUCACCCACAAGGUGGAGAGUCUCAAAUCAACUCCUCCGAAAUGAAGCAGCCAUCUAAAUCAGAGGCAUGUGAUCUUUCUGAAAGUUCAAGCAUCAUCUCAGUCCCUGAGCCUUCACAAUGCUUGAACACCUCAAUGGACAACAACAUCCAAAGACAACAAGAAGCUCAAAAUCAUCAUCAACAACAUCUUGUAUUGGAUCUAAGCCUCUCCAACAACGAUUUCGAUCAAGCCUCCAACCCCGAACUCAACCUCAUCGAUUGUUUCAACAUGGAUUCUUCAUCUAAGUCAUUAGUGGAUGACCUGCAGCAUCAUCAAGGCAAUGAAACCGAGCCACGAGUGUUCUCAUGCAACUACUGCCAGAGGAAAUUUUACAGCUCACAAGCGCUCGGAGGCCACCAGAAUGCACAUAAGAGAGAGCGGACAAUCGCCAAGCGUGGACAGAGAGCUGGUGCAGCCUCCGCCGCCACCGCCUUUGCCCACGACUCGUUCCCGCCGCGAUACACCAGCAUGGCUGCUCUGCCUCUGCAUGGCUCUUUCAGUACUAGUCCUCUUGGCAUUCAGGUCCACUCUUUGAUCCAUAAGAGAUCAUCAUCUUACUUACCACUAGCAACCACUACUUUAAGUUCAUCACAUGCGUAUGGACAUCAUGGGUGGUCUAGGAAGCCUAUAGAUCAGCAGCCGGCCAUCGGCCGGCUUGCGCCGGUGAAUUAUGACGUCAGCACAACUACUGUAGGGUCGUCGUCGUCAGGUGGCGGUGCCGCCAAAUUUGGCAGUGUUCGGAAGUUUUCUCCGGUGGGUGAUGGCUUUGGAGGAUACCGGUGGGACACUAGCAGUGUGUUGAAGACUAAUCAAGAUGAUCAGUUGCAACAGCUAGACUUGUCCCUCAAACUCUAAGUAGUUCAAUCAUUUUAUUUUUCGCCACAAUUUCAUCUGUUUUGUUCAGAGUAAUUUUUUUUUCUUCUUUUUAGCUAUUUUUAUCAGGACUUGGUGUACAUGUUUUCAUUUUGGCUACAGAGAACUUCAGUGACUUAUGUUUCUGGUAUUCCUUACCUUAGAAAUAAUCAAAUUCUAUAUUUGUUUGCUUCGAA